CCAUCAUCCUUUCUCCUGAACAACUGAAUUAAUACGGACCUGAGAACUUUGACACUAUGAGCUUCUGUUGUAUUCUUUGUGAUCGGUCCUUCAAUAUCAAAAACGCGCUACAACAGCACCUGCGGGAUUCGCCAGCGCAUGCCCUGUCCUUUAACUGCGAUGACUGCGAUCGAUCUUUCAGUAGCGAGGAGGCACUGCAGCAGCACCUGCGGGAUUCACCAGCGCAUGCCCCGUCCUUCAACUGCGAUGACUGCGAUCGAUCUUUCAGUAGCGAGGAGGCACUGCAGCAGCACCUACGGGAUUCACCAGCGCAUGCCCCGUCCUUCGAUUGCGAUGACUGCGAUCGAUCUUUUAAUAGCGAAGAGGCGCUGCAACAACACCUGCAAGAUUCGCCAGCGCAUGCUCCGUCCUUUGACUGCAAUGACUGCGAUCGAUCUUUUAAUAGCGAAGAGGCGCUGCAACAACACCUGCGGGAUUCGCCAGCGCAUGCCCCGUCCUUCGACUGUGAAACCUGCGAUCGUCACUACGGCAGUGAGGAAGCUCUACAGCAGCAUCUGCGGGACUCUCACGUUAACCAACAGGAUACGGAGACUCCUUUAGAUGCCUUUUUCCGCUCUUUCCCAAUGUUUGAUUAUGACCCUUCUCUCUCCCCCGCUACUUCUUAUGCCAAGUUGCAGAGACACGAAGGAUGGCACCGCGGGAAUGCCGCGUCGGAAGAUGCGUGGGACAGAUACCAAGGUGCGCUGCAGAACGAACUACACAUGUGGUAUGGUGCAGAGAGCGAUUUGACUGCGUGGCAUGCGCUUUGUCGCGCGAUCGGUGUCAAGCCGCUUCCAAAAACGAGCGAGCAAUGCGAGCAGGCUGUGCGAAAGACACAGGUCAACAUCGUUGAUUUGAUCGAAUGGGGACGAAGUGGUAGUAAGGGAAGAGUUCGGACCUUUCGUGAUGUAGAAGAGCUGCGAGCCUACACUAAGGAGACAGGCAAGAUAUUUCACAAUAUGUUCGCCAAAGAAAGCAGCAAUGUUGUCUUGAGACACCUGCUUCGACAUAUCUUUCGAGUGAGCUUGUGAAACAGAAACAAGGUCAUCAUAAGGUCGGACAGUAGAGUUACAUCUGUAAAUGCUGUUAUCUGAUCCAGAUCUACGUGAUACAGCAACGGAGAUUCUUGCUAAUCUAGAUCAAUUGGAGCUUCAAGUUAACUCUCCUGAUAUCCGUUUAAGUCCGUGGAGAGUAUAGGGUUAUUUUAGUUGAUCUUAUUGGAAACUUUCCAGAGUAUGUGGUCUAUCCUAUGUGAAGGGUUAGGAGGGGUGAAGAUUUGCUGCCC